AUGAAAACAAAUAUUGUAUCACUUAAACUGUUUGAAGAAGAAGAUGUCAAACUCCCUGUUGUGUUGACCAUCGCUGGAAGUGACUCUUCUGGCGGAGCAGGAAUUGAGGCAGAUCUCAAAACGUUUAGUGCCUUUGAUGUUUAUGGCAUGACUUGCAUCACAGCAUUGACUGCGCAGAAUACUACUGGCGUAAAGACAUACAAAGAGACUUCGAGGGAAUUGGUGCAUGAAAUAUUGAAAGCGAAUUUGGAGGAUAUGUACGAAAAUGAAGAAAAAGGGCCAUUGAAGGUGAUCAAGACUGGUAUGUUGACCAAAUCGGCUAUUGAAGAGUUGGCACAAUUCGACUUGAAAAUAAAAAUGGUGAUUGACCCAGUAAUGGUUACCACAUCAGGUAGUAAAUUAUUGGACCACGAAGGUGUAAAACUUUGUGUUGAUAAUUUGAUGAAGAAUGCUUUUUUGGUUACACCAAACUUUGUUGAAGCAGAGACUAUUUAUAAAAUAUUGGGCAAAUCAGCUCAAGUGAAGCAAUUGGAUGAAUUUAUCAAGUUUACCGUUGACUUGCAGAAAAUGGUUGGGUGCAAGAACAUCUUGGUCAAGGGAGGUCAUAUCCCAUUUGAUGCGAAUGGUAAAGUUGUUGAAGACACGACAGCGGAAGGACAAGCACAACCACAAAGUAAUCCAGGGCUCAAGGUUAUUGAUGUAUUGUAUGAGAGCGAAAAUGAUGUUGUCACCAUUUUUGAAUCCAAGUAUAUUGAGUCAGACAACUCUCAUGGAACAGGAUGUACCUUGGCCUCAGCAAUUGCUGCAAACAUUGCCAAAGGAACCUCUUUAGCAGAUAGCGUUGCCAUUGGGAUUGAUUACAUCCAUCAAGGUAUGCUGAAAAUGUCGAAAUUGGGACAUGGCAAAGGUCCACUUAACCAUAAUGUGAAACCUAGAGAAGCUAUAAGCGACCUUGUCAACACCACUCUGAAUAAUCAAGUCAAAUUUGACGAGAACUUUACCCUAUUGGAUUAUUUGAUCAACCACCCCGAUGUGAAAAGGAAUUGGGAAACGUAUGCAACACACCCAUUUGUUGAGUUAGUGGCUAAAGACGAAAUGCCGUUUGAAAAGUUUUUUUACUACUUGAAACAGGACUACCACUAUUUGAUUGUAUAUGCACGCAUGCAUGGGUUGGCUGCUUCUAAAGCACCUACUUACAAAGAGUCUCACGCGCAAGCUACAAUUAUUGGCGAGAUUGUCACUGAAAUUGAGAAGCACAAGGAAAAGUUGAAGGCUUAUAAUGUUGAUUACGAUAAAGACGAUGUACCUCCUGGAGAUGCAUGUGUGAGGUACUGCAACUACUUGUUGGAUAUUGGUAUGCGAGAGGACUUUUUAGGUAUCAAAGUUGCACUUGCACCAUGUUUGCACGGGUAUGCUGAUGCUGGUGCGUUUGGAAAGAGAAUUUUACAACAAAGACAGCAUCAGUUGAAGCAGCAAGAGCACGGUUCUGAUGCUGAUGCUGAUGCUGAUACUGGUGCUGGUGCUAGUACCAAUGAUACAGUUACUCCACACGAGUACCUGCACAUAUACCGCUCUUGGCUAGAUGAUUACACUUCAGAGUGGUUUCUCGAGGCAGAUGCCGCUGGUAAAGAAGCGCUCCAAAGAUUGAGUGCAGAUGGUCUUAGUGAACAUAGAUUGAAAGAGCUAGUCAAGAUCUUUAAUGAUGUCACCUUGUUGGAGAUUAACUUUUGGAGCGAGGUUUUAGAAUUAGACGUAUAG